UCUCUCGCACUCACGUGAUAAGGAAGAAGCAACCAGUUAGCAACCUGUCUGCACGCAUGUAGUCUAACCUGCUGCAUUCUUUUUGCCUGUGAGUUUUGUUUGUGACCAUGUCUUUUGCUAGAAAAUGUUCUAAACUGUUAGCGUUCUGUGCAGUCAUUGUCGUGGUUGUGCUGCUACUGCGGUACUGGAUGGCCUCAAAGACGUACGUUUUUAGUAACGAAGAGGUCGCUAUGUUGGCCAAGCAGUAUGCAGGGCAGGACCAUGAGCAAGCUUUCGCCAAAGUGGUGGUGGAACUCAGAAAGAGGUAUCCGGGUCACAUCCUACCAGAUGAGGACUUGCAGUGGGUGUUUGUGAAUGCUGGAGGCUGGAUGGGCUCCAUGUGUCUCCUCCAUGCCUCCUUCACAGAGUACUUGUUGCUGUUUGGUACUGCAGUGGACACUGGAGGACACUCAGGUCGAUACUGGGCGGAGAUCUCCGACACCAUCAUCUCAGGUACUUUCAGGCAGUGGAAGGAGGGGACCACCAAGAGUGAAAUGUACUAUCCAGGCGACACUAUUGUUCAUGAAGUGGGUGAAGCCACGUCGGUCCAGUGGAGCGCUGGGACGUGGAUGGUGGAGUACGGCCGAGGCUUCAUCCCCUCCACCCUUGGCUUUGCUCUGGCAGACACCCUUUUCAGCACCCAGGACUUUGUCACCAUGUACUACACCGUCUGUGUCUACCUCAAGGCUCUGAUGCUGGAGGCCGGCACGCUACUUACAGAGGCCGGAAUCUUCUAAGCAACGGAAGAUGAUCACAUACUUCCAGAUUGACUUGGGACAUCAAAACGCUGUCCGCAGUUUAAAUCUGUUAUGAGGAGCGGGAGUUUUUAUGCAGAAAGUUCUCGGGAGCAAAACUGUAACAUGUAAUUUAUGACAAUCCAGUUUACAGUUAUUCUUUUUAAAAUCCUGUUGAAUAUAUAAAUGAAUUUCACAAACACAGUUACACUACAUCAGAUCUUGGAAAUCUGCAAAACGGUUGACACCCCACGCUAAAUAAUUCCCUGUGACAGGUCAGACUGCUCAAGUGUAGCAGUUAUCUAGACGUCUGGUUUAUUGAUUUUGAGGCCUUACAGUUUCUGAUGCCAAAUUUUAAAUUAUUUAUAAUUCAUUGUCCAAAAACAUCCUGAAAUCCACAAAUACAAAAUAUACUGAUAUUUAGAUGUGGUAUGAUAACCUUGAGAAACAGAAUUGUGAUUAUUUUCACAGAAACAAAGUUCUUAACACGAUUGACACAAUAAAACAGGAAAACAACAAAUAAUCAUAUUGCUGCUAAGAUACCAGUAGUAAUCUUGUCGUCUACAGUACAACAUUUUCUCACAUAGACUUGAACAAAAGCACACAUUACUUUUAUAAUUCAAGAACCAGUUGGGCAAAAUUUUGUCACGCUGAUCUUCCUGGAAUUGUCGAGCUUAUCCAGCUGAUAUUUGCUAGGGUAUCCAGCUUUAGUUUCUACACUAUGACUGUCUGCUUUUCAUGAUCAUAAAUAUUUCGAAAUUCUUCAACUUGUAUUUUUUUGAAAGUGCAGGGAAAAGCUGACAUUCUUUCAGCCAUCUGAUCAUCUGUGUGCAGUAACGGGUGGGAGAUGUGGAGGACUGCUUUUCCCCAUGUGUCAAAAGACGGGUGGGGAGAAAAUCCUGAUCGCUCUGGAAGUUUUACAUUAAAGGACCAUUAAACUGCAGGAAUGGUAACAUAUCAAUUUUAGCUGAUUUCAAAACAUUUAUCUUUAGAAACUUCAAUGUACCAUGAUACCAGUGACCAGCCCACAUAAAUACAUAUAAAUGUCUUGUUUCUAUGCACAUUGAUGCUCUAGAAGGAGGAUCAUAGCAACAAUAACCCACACAAACCAGCACCAGGGACUGAAGAAACAUGUUUUCUCUUACUGCGAGCAAUUUUUUAUCAGACUUGAUUCUUUCAUUUGUAUCCGGCCUUCUUGAAAAUAUUUAAAAGCUGGCAGUAUAUUGUAACUAUUUUUGUUCAGACUUUUUGCAAAAUAACAAUGCAAUUUCCUUCCACACUACAUUUAUUUUUAUGUACAAUGGUUAAAAUGUUUAUUUUUGUCUUCAACAGAAAAGUUCCGUUUUCUAUGUCCCCUCAUGUUCUUGAAGUCUGUCAAAUAGUUCAUCUGACAAUUUUUAGUUAUAGAAACUAUUUGAAAUAUGUGCAGGUCAUAUCUGUCCCAGCAAACUUUGCACUGUAAUCCUGUGCUCUUACUGUUUAAUUUUUCUACUGAAUGUUUUCAAAAAAACAUGUAAAACCUUUCGGAGUGUAACAUACUGAAGACAAUAAGAUGAAAUUACAAGGCUCAAGUGUUAUUUUGCAUCACAUCUUUAAAAAAAAUAAACUUGUGCUGUCUUAAUGUUGA